AUGGUACAGCAAACUUCCGAAUCUGUCUGUGAUCCUUCAUUCGAUUCGAUGACCGAACUCCGAAAAUAUCUGCUCCAGAGCUCUUUCCUUCUGGUCUCUCUCCUCAUGCACUUUCGUUUCCUCUUUGUCAUCAGAAGCUUCUACCGCAAAUCAUCGCGUCUCAACUCGUUCUACUCCCUCUACCUUCUGGAAUGUUGGCUGGUAAGUGCAACUGUCUUCCAAAUAUCUUUAACUUUUCAACUUUCCAGAACACUGUCUCCAUCGUCAUUCUCAUUCUCAUUGACAAGCCCUCCACCUAUAUCACAUACUUGUGUCCGAUCUUUGUCGAUGCGUUCCCGUCGCCUUCCUAUCUUCUCAACUUUUACUGGAUAACCGACUACCUGCAGCUUGCCAAGUGCAUCGUCCACGCCUUCAUCUCCAUCAACCGAAUGACCUGUGUGCUCUUUCCUCUUCAGUACGUCUUCUGGUGGAAUCGCUGUCUCUCCUACUGCAUCCUCUUCACUUUCCUCGCUCCGUUCGCUGUCCUUUGGACUGCUCUCAUAUCGAAAGCGUACAUUAUUCAAUAUCUCGGAGGAUUCGGAAUCGGUUACGAUCACGUCGUGCCCUGGGUAAAUGCGAGGGAGCGGAACUGGAAUGAAUCUUCCUUUUUCAGGCCAGACUGUCCGUUCUCAAGGGAAUCGCCUUCUUCUCGAUCGUCGUGAUAAUCUUGACCACGUCUUCUUUCACAGUUGUGUACCUUUCGAAGAAGACGAAGAAGAGCGCAAAGGGAACGGAGAAGAAUCUGUGCAUUGCGACUGUCGUCUCCGCGUUCAAAAUCAUCGGCUUCCUCGCUGCUCAGCUCUUCUUUGUCAUUUCUCCAUUCAGCGGGACCGACAGUGAUACCGCCUACGAUUGUUGGCUGCAAAUCAACGAUUUCCUCUACGAUUUGGUCCUUUUCUUGUAA